AAAUAUUAUUGGUUAAUGUUGUAUAUUCUUGUAUGAUAUAGUAGAUAGUAUUCGGCAGAUGUGCUAAAUGCUAUUACGAAUCUACUGAGAUUACCGUUAUUAUUUAUCCUACUUUAAAUUCUGUUACUGUCACUGUUUUUAGUAGGAUAAAUUAUAGAAAGUUUCUACAGUAAUUAACUUCUCAUUAACGGAUCUAUCACCACUUAUUUCAAGACAGUGUCACUUGUCUUUGAAUGACAGUUAUUACAGAUAACAACAUUGUUAUCGUGUUAUAUUAUUGGAAAGAUGUGAAAUCAUUGGAAAUCUAUUCAAUGCAAAUUAUUUAGGCAGUAGUAGCAGUCGGUACUUCUACUAGUAAUAGUAAAUUAAGUAAUAAUGGAUGAACUUCAACGUCUUUACGAACAUCAGACAAUGAUGGCAAUUGGAAUAUAUUCAUUCUUAGAUAAUCUGUUAACUCAUUUACCAUCAACACGUAAUGAAAAUAAUUUUGAAAAUUUUUCACGAAGUACACAACAACGACAGCAUACUACCAAUAUUACUGCUGCUACUACUAGUAGUAUAUCAACAAACCAGUCAGAUUCAGAUCAGUACUCGAAUGGUAUUAUCUACAAUGGAACGUCUGUCGGAGAUACAUUUCAUGUAAGAAAUGAACGCACCCGAACAUCAUUAUCAUCAACAACAUGGGCAUUGAAUGAUAUGAACAUUUCAAACAGAUCAAACUCAGAGUUACCUACGUCGACACAGGAUUAUCUUAUAGAGAAUGUUAAUUCAACCUGCAUACAAGAAUCAGUAUCAAAAGAUAUUCAGCCUGGUGGUUAUCCUGAAGAAAUAUUCAUUUAUUUAUCAAAUAGUGAAAAACAAGAAUAUUCCUGUAGUAUAUGCUAUCUGAUAAUUAAAGAAGUCUAUCAAUGUCAAAGUCAACACAAGUUUUGUUAUGGUUGUAUAUAUACAUGGUCUACAGGACCGACACCUGGUCAUGAUAGCUGUCCAGUAUGCAGAUGUGAUGGCUUGUAUGCAAAAAAUUUUGACUUAGAUGACCGAAUCAAUAGAAAACGUGUUCGAUGCACAUUGAACAAUUGUAAUUGGAUGGGUCUGUUAAGCGUAUAUAAUCAGCAUGAACACAGACGUUAUAGUCCGUAUGAAUUAGACUUAUUAUUGGCAGAUUGUAGAAAGGACAAACUGAAAUCGUCAACAUCAUUAUUCCCAAUGUCAGAACAAAAUCAAGUAGCAGCAUACAAUGAUAAGGAAAUAUCAGUAAAAUUAAAUGAUACUUCACAAAUAAAUGAAACAAUAGACGCAAGUAAUCGAUAUCUUGAUAAUCAUGGUCGUGAUCAUCAACAUGGUUUAGAUCCUGGAAGAGUACCUGUUGUAUGCGAACCGAUAGAUCAGUCACCUGAGAUCCCAUCUGGAAGAUUAUUGACAUCACAAAGAAGAAUACGACCUUUAAGAAAUGGAAAUAGACAGAGGCACAGGUUACCAUCAUCCUCAAGUCAAAUUCAAAACCGACAGAUCUUACAGAUACGCAGUGGAGUGAGUCAGUCACAAGGUAGUGCGGCAGAAACGCGGAUUCACCCAUCUGAUAACCAUAAUCUGUUGUCUGUGGUAAAUAAUUCACAAGGUAUUAACAACUAUGUGCAUUCAAAUCUAUUACAAGGAGAGCAACAACAUCAAACUUUGACAUACAUACAAAGACAAACACAGAGUCAUAUAACAUCAAGUGCAACUGCACACACAAAUGUUACUAAUACUAGACAGAGGUCAUCGCCUAUUGUAAGGGAUUCGCGAACUCAUACGAACAGAUUUCCUAAUCUAAGACAGUCAGGAGGUGAAAACACACCUUUAUCUAUACACUCCUCAGAAUACGAAAAUGCAAAUAAUCAAACUAGGGGCGCUUAUAGUCUACUUGAUUUAGAUUCUUAUGAUAUUCAAAGUCAAGAUACGCUAGGUGUAGGAGACCGUACAGAAAUAAACGCAAACGGCCGAAACUCAAAUAUUUCUAGAACUGUCCAGGUUAGUCUUCCAGCUAUAAGUUUUAACCAAUCACUUACUUGUGGUUUGAAUACACCACCACCAAUCAAUAACACUCAACGUUUGCAAAGUUUUAAUCUCGCAAAUAACACAAUUUCAAGGACUGGCCAGCCACUUGAAUUCCGUCGUCUAGUACCUCAGCGACAAAGGAAAGUAGUAGAACAGCUGAGAGAAACCCGGGAACAAUUAGCCGCGAUGCUUCGUCUAAUGACUAUGGAGUUAGAAGAAAGACAAAAUCGUGUUUUGAAUUUUAACCUAGAAAUGAGUGCACGGAAUAGACUAUUAAGAAAUCCAAAUAAUUUACAUUCAAACAAUAGAGAAGACAGUGUUGCUGUGCAUCCAGAUGAUACAGAAAGUCACGAUUUUAUUGAGUUAAACAACCAGAACAUUUUCCAUAGUAGACACUCGCGCACGACAAAUACAAACGGUAAUGACAUCCAGUCAAAUUAUCAGACAUAUCAGUCGUAUAACUCAAGUACACCUGUUUCAACAAUUACCAGCAUAAAUAAUAAUUCCAGUAGAAAUAUAUCUAGAACACUUCUGACACCAACAUACAGAGAGAGAACUACUACGAUGAAUACGGAACAGAAUAACAGUAGCAACAAUCAGCAUGGUACAAUUCCUGCUCCAAUGAAUAGUACCAGUCAGUCGUCUGCAUCACCGUUAACUUCAACGGCAAGAUUACUAGCACGUUUACGACUUAAUGCGCUAGCACAAACAACUCCAUUUUUAUUCAUGUCGAAUCACAGAAGUAUGAAUUUAAAUGAAUCUGAUUUAGGACAUACUUCACCACCAACAGCAGCAACACCACUGUCAUCAUUUAUGACAAGUGACAGCAGUAAUGAUGAAAAUGGAGGAGACAGUGAUGACGAAGAAGAAGACUAGUUUAACGUACGGUAUGUUGAUCAGACACGACCAGGAGGCCAGUAUUUAAUUAACCAAAGAAAAAGACACAUAUAAAGAUAAGAUUCAUUUCUUUUCAAUUAGACUAUAUUAUAUAAUAACUGAAGAGAAAUUACUUACCAUAUUUUAGUGUCUUUUUAUUAAAAUUUUAAAAAAUAUGCAGUCUAUUUCUUGAGCACUCGUAUUCCAGCAACGUAAUGUAACAAGAUAACAUGCUAUAUGGAUGCUUGAUCGUGGGCUUUCAGCUUAAUCAGUCCGUUAAAACAAUAAAGCUCAGGAUAACUGUUGGAUCGC